GUAUCUCUUCUAAUUUAAGCAAGUGUUGUUGGACUUGCAGAAAAAAGAGAAGCCAGAGACAGCAGCUAAAAGUCACUAAACCAAACAAAAGAUGCAAGAAAUGAACUGAGGUGUGACAGAAUUUAUUUGAUCCGAAGUCUUUCUUUAUAAAAAAACCAAGAAUUCCACCAUGGGCGGCAGCGUAAUCACGGCAGAAGCCGGUGGUGGUCCUCAGGGCUUCCCCGGCAAGCUCACCAGGCACGUCUUUGUUUGUACAAUAAUUGCAGCUUGUGGCGGUCUCAUGUUUGGAUAUGAUAUUGGCAUUUCUGGAGGAGUAACAUCAAUGGAUGAUUUCUUGAAGAAAUUCUUCCCUACUGUUUAUAUCAAGAAACAUCAAGCAAAGGCAGAUAAUUACUGCAAAUACAGUAAUCAAUAUCUUCAACUUUUCAAUUCUUCUAUAUAUAUUUCAGCUAUUGUGUCUAGUUUUUUUGCUUCAAUUGUUAACAAGAAAUGUGGUAGAAAACCCACUAUCCAAAUUGCCUCUGUUUUAUAUCUUAUUGGUGCUGUACUGAAUGCUUUUGCUCAAAAUCUUGCAAUGUUGAUUGCUGGAAGGAUGUUUAUUGGUGCUGGAGUUGGAUUUGGGAACCAGGCAGUUCCAUUGUUUAUAUCAGAAAUAGCUCCUACAAGAUAUAGGGGUGGUCUUAACAUCUGUUUUCAGUUGUUCGUCACAUUUGGAAUUUUGAUUGCAAAUAUUAUCAAUUAUGGUACUUCAAAGUUGCAUCCAUAUGGUUGGAGGCUAUCUUUGGGUGGUGCUGCUGGGCCUAGUUUAAUUCUUUUUGUUGGCUCAAUGAUAAUUGUAGAGACUCCAACAAGUCUUAUAGAAAGAGGGAAGAUGGAAAAAGGGUUGUCUACACUUAAGAAGAUUAGAGGUGUUGAUGAUGUUGAAAAAGAGUUUGCUGAAAUUUCAAAUGCUGUUGAAUUUGCUAAACAAAUUAAACACCCUUUUAGGAAUCUCAUGAGUCGGUAUAAUAGGCCUCAGCUUAUUUGUGGUUCACUUACGCAAUUCUUCCAGCAAGUCACAGGCGUCACUGCAGUCAUGUUUUAUGCGCCUGUGCUCUUUCUGACUAUGGGGUUCGGAGAUGAUGCAUCGUUGUUAGCUGCUGUUGUGGCUAAUACUGUCAAACCAUUAGGUACUGUGGUUGCUAUGUUUAUUGUGGAUAGAUUUGGAAGAAGGGUAUUGCUUGCACAAGCUGCUAUUCAGAUGCUCAUUUCUCAGUGUGCGAUCGGGGGAAUUCUAGCAGAGCACUUGAAAUCUACAAAUGUUGUGCCAAGACAUUAUUGUUUAAUAGUGAUUGUAUUGAUUUGUAUAUUCUUGGCUGGUUUUGCUUGGUCAUGGGGUCCCCUUGGCUGGUUAAUUCCUAGUGAAUCCUUUCCGGUGGAGACUCGAAGUUCUGCUUUGUUCAUUACUGUUAGUAUGAACAUGUUCUGCACAUUACUCAUAGCACAAUCAUUCCUAACCAUGCUGUGCCAUAUGCGAGCUGGGAUAUUCUUCUUCUUCGCCUUCUGGCUCGGUGUGAUGGCCCUUUUUACAGUUUUUCUACUGCCUGAGACAAAAGGAGUCCCAAUUGAUGAAAUGAUCGAUAGGGUAUGGAAGAAACAUUGGUUUUGGAAGAGAUACUACAAUGACUAUGAUGGUGGUGGUAGCAAGGGACAGGAAAAACUCUAAGAUAAAAGGGUUAAUUGUAUGAUUAGUGUCCGAACUUUUUGAUUUUUGCUAUAUUGGUGUUUGAACUGAAAAAUUUUCUGAUCAAUUGUCUAAUGUUCAAAAAACUUUUCAAACA